AUGGCCGGCAUUAAAGAGAUGUGGUGGAACGUCUCCUACGUCGAGAACACCAACCCCGACGGUCUCUACCCCCGUCGUGCCAUUGGUGUCAAUGGCACUUGGCCCCCCCCAGCUGUUGUCGUGAACGAGACGGACUCUAUCCUUCUGCACGCCACAAACUCACUCGACUCGCCCCUUACUAUCCAUCAUCAUGGCAUGUUCUUCAACUCGACAUCCUGGAUGGACGGCGCUAUGGGCGUCAGCCAGUGCGGUAUUCCUCCGGGGGAAAGCUUUGACUACAUCGUCCCAAUCAAUUCCUCAAACCAACAUGGCACCUAUUGGGUGCAUGCCCACUCUAACGGUCAAUACGUCGACGGCUUGCGGUCACCAUUGGUCAUUCAUCCGACAACAGAAGUAUAUACCUAUGAUGCCGAAUACACGAUCUCCAUUUCGGAUUGGUACCACCAGCAGCAUUCGACACUCAUGACCCAGUUUGUGAGUAUCGCAAACCCUGGUGGAGCAGAGCCAAUCCCAGAUGCUCCUCUGAUGUACUUCGCGCAAGGCGACACAUACCUUGGGCCUAAGGCAGGAUCAAACCCGUAUCCUGUCACUGCCGCCGUUGGGUUCAACGAAAAUGCGACGCUCUCUUUCGAGCCGGGGAAGACUUACCGCCUGCGCAUUGCGAACAUUGGCGCGUUCGCAGGGUUUUACUUCUGGAUCGACGGACAUGACAUGCGAAUUAUCGAAGCGGAUGGUAUCGACGUGGAAGAGUAUCCGAUCGACAUGAUCAACAUUGGAGUCGCCCAACGAUACUCGAUACUCGUCACUGCGCGGAAUGAUACAAGCGAUAACUGGGCUAUUCAUGCCAAUAUGGACACGACGAUGUUCGAUACCGUUCCGUCUACGUUGAAUCCCAACGCGACGUCUUACAUCGCCUACUCUGGUUCUGCAUCUACCCAGGACCUCGGGCCCGUCACCGCGUACCAAUCAACCAAUGAUUCGCUGCUCGUGCCGAUUGACGUGAUCGGAAUGGCGCCCUCGACGACGACGAUCAAUCUGGAAUUUGAGUUCCAGACCCUUGAUGAUGGAACGAAUCAUGCGCUUGUGAACGGUGUGACAUACAACUCGCCGAAUGUCCCUGCAAUCAUGAGUGCGCUGACUCUCGGCGCGAACGCGACGGUUCCCGCUGCGUAUGGCCCGCUGAGCUUCGUUGUCGACCAUCUGGCAGUCGUGGACAUCGUGCUGAAGAACGGAGAUACGGGCAAGCAUCCGUUUCACUUGCACGGGCACAAGGUGCAGAUCGUCAACUUUGCGGCGGACUACACGUCGGAUGACCCGGCGCUGAACCCGCCGAUCAAUGAGUCGCAGCCGAACCCGAUGCGCCGCGACACGGUCCUAGUCCCACCGGGCAGCGCAUACACGUUCCGCGUCUUAGCAGACAACCCUGGCGUGUGGUUCUUCCACUGCCACAUUGAGUGGCACCUCGAGGUCGGGCUCGCGAUCCAGCUCAUCGAGGCGCCGCUAAUCGCGCAGGAACGCAACACGAUGCCGGUGUACAUGAACCAACAGUGCGCCGCGGACGGGCUGCCGUACUCGGGGAAUGCAGCAGGUAACUCAAACCCGACGGAUUUGAGCGGGCUUGCGCUGGGGCCGUUCCCGCAGAACAACGGAUGGCACCCGAGGGGCAUCGGCGCGAUGACUGGUUGCGUCUUGACGGCGGUACUGGGCAUGCUGAGCGUGACGUGGUACGCGCUUGGCGGGCACGUCUCGGAGGCCGAGAUAGAGCACGAAGAACGUCUCCGGAUCGAAGCGAAAGCAGAGCGCGGGCGGUUCUUCGGGCUUGUGAAGAAGGUGCGCAAUUUGAGGGCAGAGACGGCGCAUUAG